AAACACUACGGACGCAAGACUGUUGCUGAGUGAGACAGAAGUGUGAACGCGUUCAGAAGCAAUCUCAUCGCUAAGAGGCAGACAAGAGAAAAAUCUCCCAUUUACUGUAACGUUUAAAUGGAUGUGAAAGAGGAGAUGUGUGAGACUGACCUGAAUAUCAUGGAGGAGUGGACCACAAAUGUUAAGGAAGAGGACUGUGAGUGGGAGAGUGUCCACCCCAAACAGGAGAGUCUGGACAUUAAGGAAGAGGACAGUGAACUGGGGUCAGUGAGUUUUAAGGAGGAAAAUGAAGAGAAAUGUGUCAGCACUGAGAUGCACAACUGUGGGAAUAUGGAGAGUUUCGAGGAAGACGACCUUCAUUAUGGACAUCAAGAUGGAGCUGUGACCGGGUUAGUCUCUUCUCAUAGCAGACACUCUUCAUCUCCGGAGUCUUCUAUCAAUGUAAAAUAUGAAUCAUUACAGUCUGACAGAAAGAUGACUGAAGAAAUUUCAUCUCCUAGAACUAAGGAAGGUCAGCCACCACCUAAGACGUCAUCUAAAACAAGAAUCAAACUUCACUGCUGUUCUGAAUGUGGCAAACAGUUUUCAAUAAGAUGCCAUCUUCAGAGCCACCAGAGAAUCCACACGGGGGAGAAACCAUAUUGCUGUCCAGAAUGUGGAAAACUAUUCUCUUACAGUAGUAAUUUUCAGGUACACAUUAAAACUCACUCAGGAGAGAGGCCGUAUUGCUGCUCUGAAUGUGGCAAAAAGUUUACACAGAGAGGCCGUCUUCAGAGCCACCAAAGAAUCCACACAGGGGAGAAGCCAUAUAAGUGUUCUGAAUGUGGUAAACAGUUUUCAGAAAGAAGCCAUCUUCAGAACCACCAAAGAAUUCACACAGGGGAGAAGCCAUAUUUCUGUUCUGAAUGUGGUAGAAAGUUUUCAAGGAGCAGCCAUCUUCAGAGCCACCAAAAAAUUCACACAGGGGAGAAGCCAUUUUGCUGUUCUGAAUGUGGAAAAAAGUUUUCACGGAGAAGCCAUCUUCAGAACCACCAAAGAAUCCACACAGGGGAGAAGCCAUUUUGCUGUUCUGAAUGUGGCAAAAAGUUUUCACAGAGAAGCUAUCUUCAGAAACAUCAAAGUAUUCACACAAGAGAGAAAAAAAUGACAAACUCCCCCACUUUGUCCACAGAUGAACACAGUACAAUAUGCUAAGCAGCAGAAGAAAGAAUUCAAAAAGUCUGAUGAAAACAAAAAAGAA